AUGUCGGCAACUACAAAUGACGAAAACAGCACCACAACGCGUAUGACCAGGGCCAAGUCGGCGGCCCUUAACGUGGCCGAUUCAGCAGCCCCCUCCAAAGUUGGCCUCCAGACAAAGAAGACUGUCGGCGUCACCACAACCAACGGACUUAGAAAACGCGCUGCUCUGGGCGAUGUCAGCAAUGUCAGCAAAACGGAAGCUGUUGAGGGAAAGAAGGUGACGGCAUCCAAGGGCCUGGUGUCCAAGGCCGCUCAGCCAACGGGUAUUCAGAAGAGCACUCGCCCAACUGCGGGUCGGACGGCUUUGAGCAGCAAGGAACUGAAGAAGCCAGAGACAAAGAAGUCGGGGGCCGGCACCAUUGGACCCAAGCGAAAAGUUCCCACAGCUGCCCCCAAGGAGGAUGCCGUGCCUGAAGCGGCGGAACCGGCUCGCAAGAAGGCUCAUCUCGAUGCUGAGAAGCCCAAAGCCGCUCCGCCCCAGCUGGAUCCCAAGGAGGCUGCGAAGGCCGAACUGCUGGCCAACAUCAAGAGCCUCGACGAAGAGGACCUGGACGACCCUCUCAUGGUUGCCGAGUAUGCCAACGAUAUUUUCGACUAUUUGCGAGAACUCGAAGUCCAAUCGAUUCCCAACCCCGACUACAUGUCUCACCAGGACGACCUCGAGUGGAAGACGCGUGGGAUCCUCAUUGACUGGCUCAUCGAGGUCCACACCCGAUUUCACCUGCUCCCCGAGACCCUGUUCCUGGCCGUCAACAUCAUCGAUCGGUUCCUCUCCGAAAAGGUUGUCCAGCUCGACCGCCUGCAGCUCGUCGGCAUCACUGCCAUGUUCAUCGCCUCCAAGUACGAAGAGGUUCUGUCACCUCACGUUGAGAACUUCAAGAAGAUUGCCGACGAUGGCUUCAGCGAGGCUGAGAUUCUGAGCGCGGAACGUUUCAUUCUUAGCACCCUCAACUAUGAUCUCAGCUAUCCCAACCCCAUGAACUUCCUUCGCCGAGUUUCCAAGGCGGACAACUAUGAUAUCCAGUCACGUACCAUUGGCAAGUAUCUUACGGAGAUCAGCUUGCUGGACCACCGGUUCAUGGUCUACCGUCCCAGCCACGUCGCCGCCGCUUCCAUGUACCUGGCGCGACUCAUGCUUGACCGCGGCGAGUGGGAUCCGACUAUUGCGUAUUAUGCAGGCUACACAGAGGAUGAGGUUGAGCCUGUUGUCAACCUCAUGGUUGACUACUUGGCGCGCCCCCCCAUCCACGAAGCAUUCUUCAAGAAGUAUGCUAGCAAGAAAUUCCUCAAAGCUUCUAUCCUUUCCCGCCAAUGGGCCAAGAAGAACGCGCCGUUGUUUGGCAUCGAAGAUCUCCAUCUUUCCUUGGACCAGAUUUCAUGA